AUGGGUCAAUAUUCCAUGUUGUUUAACAUUACAUCCAGUACUACCCAGAGUAGCUCAAUAUCGGUGGUUUUACCAUCUGAUUCUUCUAUAUCGAGCUCAACCUCCAGCGUUGUUAAGUCGUCAAGUGAAUCGCUACUACAGCCACAGUCAAGAAAUGCAACUCUUAUUUCUUCAACGUCAAAAUCGUCAUCAACAUCUUCGCUGUCUGCAUUGAACUCAUUCAAAAAGGUUUCAACCUCAACCUCAUCUUCACUUUCUUCGUUUACUACCAAAUCUACGACACUUCUGAGUUCAUCUGAUGAGACUCUAGUCGUGUCUCCUUCUACUGUUUGGAUACCGAAUGUUUCAUCCACGGACUCUUCUGAGCAUAACACCGUUACGGAGGAAACCCAAAUGGUCACUAUUGUAGAAGAAAGCAGUACCAUAACGACUAUUGGCAGCACGAUUACUAGCACUUUAUAUCCUGCACAAUCAACAGAUCAGGAUCAUCCUACACCCAGUGGGGCUGAUACCGCUACUUAUGAUGCCUCACCAACAGAUACUGCAGAAGUGGAAACCACUCCUACAUGGCUUUUACCUACUACAGCAAUACCCUCAUCAGAAACACUUGUAUUCUACACCAGAGACUAUAUUUUUACUGACACUUCAACGACUUUCACCAAAAAACUACCGACACGUACUGUGCUGCCAACCCAAUCGUCAUUCACAAAACCAACAUCACCUGUGGUUACAGAUACUUCAUACUACCAGAGAUGGCUUUCAGGAGGGCUGGACUCUAAUCCAAAAUCGACGUCGUCUAACAAAGAUUCCAUUAUCGGAGGGGUGGUUGGCUGCGUAGGGGGAUUAUUCGUAAUGCUGGUUAUAAUCUACUUUUUGUACAAGAAAAGACGCAAGAGAAACCUACUAGCACACGAGAAAAGCUUUUCACAUGAGGUGGGUAGAAAAAUGGGUUAUGAUGACAUUGACAAGUUUAUUGUUCAAUCGCGUGUCUCAUCUGAUUCGAUCACCCAGCUGUCGCCAGCAGCACAUAAAACUUACCAGUCGACAAAAGCGUUGCCUUCUACUCCUACCAAUGCUCCUAUUCUUCCCAAGCGAUCAGAAGCGGAUAAUCCUUUCAACGACGAGUAUUUGAUAUCCAAUGGUGAUGUAGGGAAUCCUCCCCAACACUCGACAUCAGUACAUUCGUCAAUGUUAACUUCAUCUUCUGGCAGUACUGAAGAUGGCGGAGACACACUAACUUCUACAACCUUCACCGAAAGUAUUCGUAACAGCAACGGUUACUUAACGGAAAUUAUUGAAAGUUAA